AUGACCGUCAGCGCCCUUUUUGUUGUCAAAAAUUGGUCUAUCGCAUCUGACUCUACACUUAAUAAUAUUUUAGGGUGCAAAAAAUGGGGAUCCGUAUUGUUUCAAGCUAAAUCAUCAUUGAUUUCACAGCUUGAUGGUUCUGAUAAAGAUGUCAGAACAUCAUCUAUUGUCACAGAUACUCAAAAUACAUUCAUAAAACCCUUUGAACAAGAAAGUUCUGGUCUUACUUUUGUACCAACAAGAAGAAUUCAAACAAGAAGUCUAACAAAAUCGACAAAUAGUUACGAUGUUGACCAUAAAGUAUAUGUUGUUCCUUCUUCGCCAGUUGCUAUUCAGUCUCCAUUUCAGUCUAAGGAAUUGUUACAAGAAACGGAGUCUGAAAAUAUUGUUGUUAAUUCUAUUUUAGAUAGAGAUAACCAUCUUUAUCUCACUGUUCAAGCCAAUAUUCAGAAAAAAUUAGAUGAAAUUAUUGCCUCUAAAUUUUCUUUUAAAAAUCGAAUAGAAAAAUCUAAACAAAAUGAUAUUAUAAAAAGAAAAACGCCUGAUCAAUCACAGUCACCGAUAAAAAAGAGGCCUAGAAGCCGGUCUGCUUCUUUGGCAGCAGUACCAGUAACCAAUAAACCCUUGUCUUUUAAUUCAACAUCAUCAAAUAGUUCUGAAGAAGAGUGUGAUGAGAUCAAUUCGGAAGAGUUAGAAGAGGAAGAAGAGCAUUUGCUUUUUAAUCAAGCACAAGAAUCGGGAACUGUGAACGAUAAUUUAGACACUUCUACUCAACGAUUUCAAAAUACCUGGGAAGCUAUCAUAUCAAAGUACAGUGAUUCCAAAUAUGCCGAAAGUGGAGAUGUUGUUGAUUUAUUAACUGGUGAUGUUGUUGAAGACAAUGGGCAUUUACGGUCGCUCCCUGAGAACCAGAAAAGUCUAUGGACUUACUAUGGAGAACCGGAGGAAGAAGAAUACGACCCUGGAGAUGAUGUCGAUGAGGUCGACUUAUUUAAAAUCACUAGUGAAGGUUUAUUAGGAUACAGCAGAUCUAUCUUUCGAAAUAAUCAAGAUGAAUCCGCUCAAGAUAACAUACAAGAAGAUUUGGUCAAUGAGAUUCAGGGUGCUACAGUUAAAGAGAAUGAAAGCGAUUUUGAAGAGAUUACGUUUUCACAAUUUGAAAGGACUCAGAAAACAUCUAUUCUUGCGACAAAACGGCCUGAUCACAUAACUAAACUUAUUACGGAUAAGACCUUUGUAUCUUUGCUAAAAGAGAAACAAGCUCUACGAUAUGAAACAAGAAAUCCGAAAUACGAUUUGCAGACGCUGGACGGCCUGCGAUCCUUACCCCGCGAUCCCUUUGAGAAAUUUAUGGAAACUGAUCAACUCGAACAGGAGUUAAAUAACCUAACUCUUGGGAGUCGAAAUGAACCUUUCUUAAAAACAUGUAAUGAAUUUUUACAUGCUAGCUUUACACGAGCUGAUCAAAUUAGUUGUGAAAUCAAGAAGCUGAAUGCUGGGCCUCUUGAUGACAACGAGUGGCUGCCAGAAGUUCUGGAAACUACUGCAGCCGCAAUAAUGACACCAAUUCAAAUUUCCUGA